AUGAGGCACCUCACGGCUGAGCCUGGACCACCCCGCCAGCCAAGCACAGGCCUGAGCCAGGAGCAGGAGCAGCAGCAGCAGGAAGAGGAGGAGGAAGAGGAGGAGGAGGAGCAGCAGCAGCAGCAGCAGACCUGGAAGCAUCAUGGCCUCCAGAUGGGCUGCAGUCCGCCAGAGCUGGGAAGCCAGAAGGUCUACCAGGUCUCCAUCUUUUCUCCCCGGGGCAGCGGCCCUGCCCUACCGCAGCAGAGGGGCCCCCGACGGCAGCCGGUCAAGCGGGGCUGCCCGGAGCCCCGGUGGGUGGCCGAGAGCGCCGAGUGGGAUGCCAAGAGGGCCCACUGGGGCACGGAGGAGGAGGAGGAGGACGAGGCCAUUGAGGACGGGCUCCUGGUGGACGAGCUGGCCCUGGGGGGCGCCGCCCAGCACUUCUCCCACAGCGGCCUGCGAGUGGUAGAGCACCGACAGGAGGCCAGUCCCGGCCAGCACAGAGGCUGGGAGCUGCCGGCGCCUGGCAGGCUUUGCACCACUUUGCACAUGAGAGACUCGUCCCCCGUCUUGUGGGGGGAGCAGCCCGCCAUGGACUCCAAGCCAGAAGAGAACGGGGGCCCCCGUUUCCCACAUAGUCACGAUUUGCACAGCCCUGCACCCCCAUCCUCCCCGCCAGGACAGCCAUCCCUGGAGGCCCAGGCUCCCAACACUCCGCCGGAGGCCCCCAGCUUGGGCACCAACGGGCUCUGCUCGGCCGAGAAGACGCCCUGCUCCAGCGGCCAGCUCUCGGCAGGCGGCCCUACCAGCUGCCCGGCCAAAAGGAAGCUGCUGCCCUCAGUUGAAGGAAGGGCGGCCACCGGCCCGGAGGAAGAGAGCCUUCCACCAGCACGCAAAAGGAGGGCUCUGCGUUCUCCCACAGUGCCAGCCUCUUGCCGCAGCACCGAUGCCAAGGGCGCCCCUUUCUGGAACCACCUGCUUCCAGCAGCCAAGGGCUCAGCAAGCAGCAGGACCGGUGCUUCUCAGUUGAAAGCGGGGCUCCACCUCAAACCGAGGCAACUGCGCAGCAGCCCCGGAAGGGCUCUCGUGGGCCGGCGGCCCCCCACCACCUCCAUCAGCCACGCCCUUCUGGGGAAUUUUGAGGAGUCAAUGCUGAAGGGGCGUUUCCCACCCUCCGGCCGGAUCGAAGGCUUCACCGCAGAGAUCGGGGCCAGCGGAUCCUACUGCCCGCAGCACGCCACCCUGCCGGUGGAGGUCACCUACUUCGACAUAGCCGAGCACAACGCCCCCUCCCCAUUUCUAGGAGUCAUUGACUUGGAAGCCUUGGGAAAGAAGGGCUACAGCAUCCCCAGGACGGGCACCAUCCAAGUGACCUUAUUCAACCCCAAUAAGACGGUGGUCAAGAUGUUCCUGGUGACCUACGACUUCCACGACAUGCCUGCCAACCACGUCACCUUCUUGCGCCAUCGCAUCUUCCUGGUGCCGGUGGGCGAGGGGGAGGCCUCCGCCUCGGAUCUUGCAGAGCAGCCCAAGCGGGUCCUCUGCUACCUGAUGCACCUGAGGUUCCACAGUUCCAAGUCGGGGAAGAUCUACCUGCACGACAACAUCCGGUUACUCUUCUCGCGCAAGUCUAUCGAGAUGGACUCUGGGAUCCCUUACGAGCUGAAGUCUUUCACGGAACUGCCCCGCAACCCCUGCUAUUCUCCCCGGGCUUGA